AUGCUUCGUCGUCUUGCUGUGGGUCCUUGUGUGCUGCUUCGUCUGCGGUUUGACGGCGCUGCGGGGGAAGCGGGACGCGGUUCGGUCCGGUACAAGCGACUCCCGGAAAGUAUGCAGCCAAAGUCACUUGGAGAAAAUUUCACACCCUUCCCGCUGCCCAAAUAUGACGAGGACUUUGGUUACGGUCCUGUACGAUUGCGCAACAUUCCUGACAUUGAGAAGGCAAAGGAGCGAGAGCAACGACGAGGCCCGGCACUCAUGGAGUCCUCCUUAGAGACGAGUGAAAACGAGACGAACAUGCAAUUGCAGGUGGAAGGAUCCGCUUUGCCAUCUUCGAGUGAUGUCUCUUCUGAUCCGCUGUGUAAAAAAGAGACUGUUGGGGAUGGGGACAGCCUUGGUGGCUACGCUGUCUCUCGCCAUUACCCUCAAAUUGACCGCCUGGAGUGUAAUCGCUCGCUUAAGAGUCUUCUGUUGCAGUUUGUGCAGCGGCCACAAGUAGAGGCUCGCUGUGCCGCGUUGGCUGAUAUGGCCUCCACUAUUUCAACGCGCAGUGAUGCAGAGUUGGUACGUAUGUUUGAGGAGGUGAGCAGUCCAUUUGCUUACGACGGUAGAGGGCUUAACUUUCUCGUUACCACCGUCAAGAAGUUUGGUCGUCCAUAUGCUGUUACCAAUUCUCUUGUUACCGCCUAUGUGAAUUUAAUGAAUGCGGCUACAGUCACACUUGUUCAGGAGCAACCAUGGCGUCUUUCACGUUGCCCCGCAUUGACCAUUCAGCUUAUUCAUUUUAUGGCCCUGAUCAAAGUGUUUGAACCCAAUAAAUGGUUUACGUCAUCGAAUCAUGCACCAUCCAAUCGUGCAGACUACAAACAUCCACGAGGUACGAACCAGAAGACGGCGUUUUGGAGAACCGGUGAGGAGUUAUUUGACUUUAUGGUUGAGCUGGUACGCUGUGACGAGCACGGUGUGGUCCCCCCUUUACUGGAUCUGUGUACCGAUGAACAACUUGUGGAUUUGUUAAAUGGAUUUUUGGCGAUUAUGCCAAACGGGGCACCUCUUGGCAGCGUUUUUAAUUCCAUUAUGGGGUGCUUUUUGCAGCGUGCGAGGAGCAAUUUGAAAAGGAGUUUGACCUCGCAGGAUUUUGGGACAAUGGAACGUAUGUAUCUGACCUCCGUUAUGGCUGAUGCGAGCAACGAUGAAUUACUAAAGAUUCUCUUCACUGACAGCAGCUGUCCGCGAGGCCCUAAUUUCUUUGCGGCUCUUUCGAGAAGGCAAGAGACGCUGUUGCAUGAAAAGGCGCUUGUCUUUUUGCAGGAGGCAAUUGACACGGCCAAUGAAAAUCACGAUGCCCCUACCCUUUUGGCGCUCAUGGAAAGUGGCUCAGAGAUGUUACUUUCAAUGGUCAAUAAGGAUCUUGCCCACGAAUUUGCGGUGAAAAAUCAAUUUGACUACCAAAUUUUGCGUUCAUUUCAACACUUUGGUGUUGUUGCGGACCGCCUACGCAUGGAGCAGUCGGGCACUUCCGCACGUAUUCCUCUCUUAAUGCGUGAUGUGCAGGCACAGUUGCUCGCUAGCAACACGGCCCAAGCGUGUCUUGUGGAUGAGACGGCGUCACAGUCCUCGGCUUUUCUGUCGGAGUAUGUGUUGCCCUACCCCGCACGUCGCCCCUCACGUCCGUUGAUGACCAUGCUGUCCCAGCUGGAUUAUCUUAAUAGUAUGAGCUCCGUCUUUUUACUGCACUCUUCUCUGAUGGCGACAUCAACGGACCAGCUUGUUUCUGCCGUGCGGCGACUUCAGAGUGGGAAGGAUAGCCUGAUUGUUUCCAUGAGCUGUCUUCGCGAACUGUCGGUGAAAUUUGUCACAAGCCCCAAACAAAAGGAGCGGGAAGCCUGUGAACGGGCCCUGGAGAUCAUUGCAUACGAGGUUGAAAAGGGCCGAAUCGUGCUCCUGCCAUUUAGCGAGGAAAUUCGCCUACAUGAUGCGGGGACCUACUGCGACGAGGACCUCAUCCUUUGGUCGAUCGCUGUCUUCUUUGCGAGGGAGCUGCCGCUGGUGAAAGUGCGCACGCUGAUGCACAGUGACUGCACCGCACGCACCCCUUAUCGAUUCCUCAAGGGCAGACACAACCUCCUCGUUUCCUCACACUCACUGUAUGACAAGGACGCACCGCUGCUAAGUGCGCUUCACAGCAAAGAAUUAAGGCUUGUGACGCGAAACGCCAAAUUGCGAACGGCGUUGCGUGAUCGCAAGUGUACGUUGCACUACUACAAUCCGAUACGGGCUCGUUUUGUGUACCGUCGUGAUAAGGCAAUGUUUGAAAAGUAUCAUACUAACGCACGGAACCUGGCGCCUGGAUUCAGUCGUGGGGCGUUGCAUCAUGACUGGCGCGGCCUUGGAGUGUAUACCCCAGACCAUCCGCAAGUGCCAUACCGUCCUCUCACGUGGAGGAAAAGUGAAUUGAAAUUGAGGGCGGCUUAA